ACAUCCAUAGCGCUUGAGCAAAUGAUCCUUUUCCGAGUUGCCGGCUAUUAGAAGCUGAGCUGGGACUUCUGAAACACUCCAUCAUGGAUCGAUUUCUACUGGGGAUUCUUGUUGUGACUGUGGUCGUGUCGGUUGAGACAAGGUCAACAUGUGGGCGUGGUCAGUUCCUGGACCCAGACUCACACAUGUGUGAAUACUGUAUCAUGGUGUGUGAUCACAUGGAGAUACAGAACACUGCCAGUAAAUGCAACAAUAAUUGUCCAGAUUUCCUUUCAAAGACUACCUCGACUACAGGAUCAACUUGGGCUUCAUCGCUUCCAACUCCAGCUGGUCUGAAAGAUGUAGAGACUACAUCAAGGACGAAUUCACCUUCUAGUUUGGCUGUGGUCGUACCUGUUGUCUCAAUUGCAGCUGUCGUCGUCAUCCUUGCGUUAUCACUCUACCACAGACAGAGGUUGCACCAGAUGUGCUUGAGUGUCCAGUGUUACUGCCACACCAGACGUCCUGUACAGGUGGUCGAUGGCGGCAAUGGUGGACCUGACGACCUCCCAAGACCAAAUGAAAUCCUGAUGUAUGACGUCACAACGAUGGAUCGCAACUGACGGUGAUCUUCAAAGAAACUGUGGAGACAGCUUUCACGUUGCAUGACAGAGGGUCAUCUGUGACACAAACAAUUCCAGACAUUGUAUAUUCGUGGAUCAGGGAAAUUCUAGGCCACCUGGAGAUAAUGAAGUACAGUGUCCAUAAAUACAACACGAAUCAUCAUCAUCAUUUUCUUCUUCUUCAUGAUCAUCAUGAUGAUCAUCAUCAUCCGAUUCUGAUCUCCAUAUCAUUUUGUAUAUUUCCUAACAAAGUGCUUUUAUCUAUUCAUUCAAUUAUUGAUUUUUGGUCAUACAAUCAACUUUUUAAUUUUUGUAAAUAAACAGUUAAAAACAA